GGUUGAUUCCCGGUGGUCUUGCAAAAUUGCUCCCACUUUUCGAAUAAUUAUCCGCUUUCAUCGACUCUAAAAGACAAAUUUAGUACCAAAAUCUGCCACAUCCUUACGCUAUAUAGAUAACUUGUAACAACAGAGAAAUUUUUGGUCGAUAUAAUCAGUAAAAAUAACGUAAUUUCGCUCUGUUUAGUGGAUACCACUUGUCUGGCAAAAUGGCGGAAGAGUUUAACUUGAUGACGUAGUCCCGUUAUUGUGCAGGAUAAUUUCCAAGCACAUGUUAGCAGUGUGUUAGUGUCGGUUGUGUUGUAAAACUGAAUCGGUCAUUUCUACGAGACUAAAGUCUGAAAGAUAUAUCCUCACAGUCUGUAUGCAAUGACCGAAUGUUUGAUUGAAAGACGUUUAUUGGGGUAGCCGGCUGUCGUUACACGAUUCGCCGACCGGUGCUCGGGUUCGGUCGGAACAGUCUACAGGUACUGCUCAACUAAAGAAACAGUUCUGGCAGAAGAUCGGGACCUAGCCAAUAGAAAGAUGCCAAGUUCGAAGAAUCGAAGGAAGAGAAGUCAAAGUCGAGGUCAAACUCCAAGUGCCAAGAGCAGGCAUAGUAGCCAGAAACGUCGUGAUCACAAAGAAAGAAGGGAGCGAAAGGAGCCUGAUAGUUCUCAAUCUGGGUCUUCAUCAAAGCACAGAUCGUCAAAGGAGCAUGGAUCAAGCAAAUCAGAACAUGGACACCGAAAACACAAAAAGUCGUCAAGACAUAAACGCAGUCAAAAACACAAACGGUUGAAGGAUCAAGACGAUAGAAAAAAGCAAGACAAAGUUAAGCCACUAGUCGAGUAUGAUUUAAUUAGUAGCGAUUCAGAGGACUUUUCUGUGGUUGAUGGUGGAAGCUCUUCCCCUGCUAAUAGAUCUCGCGUAACCUCAGAUUCUGAUAAACGACCAAGUAGUCGUGAUGCAUCUCCUGCCACUGCUCUUAAUAUUUACCGUAAUGAAAACCUGCAUGAUAGAAACUCUCCAAUGAGAAUGCAGCAUGGGGAAGGAUCGUCUUAUUCAGGGAGAAAUCGCAACAUCAGGACUCGGAGCUCAACUCCAGAGCCCCCUCGAGCAUACAGACAGAGAACUCCAAGUCCUCCAAUGCGGCGAGUUGAUAUUAGGAGACGAGUAUCACCAAUACCCAGACGAAAUGCAUCGCCAGUUUAUAGACGAACACCACCUAGUCCCAGGUAUAGGCGCACUCCAAGUCCUCGAUACCGGAGGAGUCCAAGUCCACGAUAUCGUGAACGGCGAACACCAAGUCCAAGGUACAGACGAACACCAAGUCCGAUUUCAUACAACAGAUCUAGAAGUCCAUACAGGCGUGGAAGAUCACCAAGUAGAAGUCCUACUUACAGUCGGCGUCGUAGAUCACGGUUUACCCGCAGUCGUAGUCGUUCACCAUAUGGCAGGUCACGGAGGUCGCACUCGCGUACCCGCAGUCGAAGUUCGUCACCUCGCAAGACGACACUUCUUAGAUCUGGAUUAGGAGCCGAGAUUCAUAAAAGGAAGAGAGCUGAGGCAAGUAGAACUAAUAGCCCAUUUGAUAUGAAAAAAGCAAAACCUAAAAAAACUUCCCCGACAAAAUCUGCAAAGGGACAGAAGGCCAAAACAAAAGAUGUGGUACCAGUAAAAGAGCUACCAGAGCCGGAAGUAUAUCAACAGAUUCCAGUUGUGAAUGAAAUCCCAAAUACCCAUGUACCAGUAUUACCUGAGGAACCAGUUGCAGCUCCACCACCAGCUAUUGAGGCCCCUGCGCCACCCCCUUUACCCCCUCCACCGGAGAAACCACCACUGCCACCAGUGUCAACUUUGCCACCGCUUCCUCUACCACCCAUGGGACCUGUGGAUGAUUACAUGGAGGAAGAAGAGGAUGAAAUUGACACACCACCACCUAAAAAGAGGGCAAAGCAGUCUCCUGCUGCACCAACAUUCAGAGAAGAAUACCGCAGUCUCAAAGAUCUGCCUAUGCCACCACUACCUGGUGGUGGUGUUAGCAGUGGUUGUGGUGAUAGUGACAGCACCCCAACUACACCAGCCAAAAUGUUAACUCCAAGAUUACUAAAGAAGAAAAGACCAAGGAUACCAUGGGCAGCAUCUUGCGAUUCCGGCUGGGGCGAGCGAUGUGUGGAUGUGUUUGACAUAGUUAGCCAGAUAGGGGAAGGAACCUACGGACAAGUUUACAAAGCAAAGGAUAAGAAAACAGGUGAACUGGUUGCUUUGAAGAAAGUACGUACAGACAAUGAGAAAGAAGGGUUCCCUAUCACUGCUGUCCGUGAAAUAAAAAUUCUUCGUCAACUCAACCACGCCAACAUAGUUUGCUUGAGAGAAAUCGUGACUGAUAAACAGGAUGCAAUGGACUUCAGGAAAGAUAAAGGUGCUUUUUACUUAGUAUUUGAAUACAUGGACCAUGACUUGAUGGGACUGCUAGAAUCCGGGUUAGUCAACCUAUCAGAGGAUGAUAUACGAUGUUUCAUGAAACAACUGCUUGAUGGACUCUGUUACUGCCACAAGAAGAAUUUUUUACACAGGGAUAUCAAAUGUUCUAAUAUAUUACUUAAUAAUAAGGGCCAAAUAAAACUUGGUGAUUUUGGUUUAGCUCGUCUUUAUCAUGCUGAAGACAAGAGUCCUUACACAAAUAAAGUAAUUACAUUAUGGUACAGGCCUCCUGAGUUACUGCUUGGUGAAGAAAGAUAUGGUCCAUCUAUUGAUAUAUGGAGUUUUGGGUGUAUUCUAGGGGAAUUAUUUACAAAGAAACCAAUAUUUCAAGCUAAUCAAGAGAUAGCACAGUUUGAGCUUAUAAGCAGGACAUGUGGAACACCGUGCCCAGCUGUGUGGCCUGAUGUCAUCAAGUUGCCAUACUUCAAUACUAUUAAAGCAAAGAAACAGUAUAGAAGAAGAUUGCGAGAAGAAUUCCAAUUUAUGCCUUCUGGUGCUUUAGAUCUAAUGGAUAAUAUGUUGACAUUAGAUCCGUCAAAGAGAAUUGCAGCAGAUACGGCUUUAGACUGUAAUUGGUUGAAAGCUUUGGAUGCUAAUAAGAUGCGACCGCCAAGUCUUCCAACGUGGCAAGAUUGUCAUGAACUUUGGAGCAAGAGAAGAAGAAGAAAAGGGACCUCUCAGCCCAGCGAAGAGGUUGUAAAACCCCCACCAGUGCCAGCAACAGGAGCACCACAAAAGUUACCACCUGAUGCAAGCAAAGAAGCUGGUAAAGUGUGUGAGAAUACCAGCAGUAGUGAUGUGCCCACCGACAGCAAACCAUCGUCACAGGUAGCAGGUGGCCCCAGCGUUAAAACUGAGACCUCACAGGUGCAUAAUGUCAUUACCCUAUUGCGAUCUCAGCCAGGUUUAAACACAAGUCAAUUGGCCCAGCUUUUAAAUGUCCGAAUGGAUCCUAGUACUACACAGUUAUUGGAGAAUCUCAAUAUGCAGUUGUUAUUGGCAGCGGCUGCUGCUCAGAGUCAAUUGGAUGGGGAGGGGAUGGAUUUGACUGCACAGGCAGCAUUGAAUGCAUCUUUAUUAGCAGUUUUAGCUAAAGCAAGUACUGCAUUGUCGGCAUCAACAAGGUUAAGUCAAGGUCAGGGUAAAGAACCAGUGCAACCUGGUACUGAGCAGCAGCAGCAGCAACAGCAGAAAGUUUCAGUUAGUGUCAGUAGUAGUCAUGCAAGUAGUACUAGUUCAUUGUCCCAGUUUACACAAAGUUUUGCUUCAUUCCCUAGUGAUAGUGCAACUAUUAAUACAUCUGGUUCUUCUAGCCUUGAGGGAGUGAGAGUGCAUACAGGUAAUGUAUCACAGGUUAGCACUCCUACUGGUGGCGGCGGUGGUGAGAUAUCAGCUAAAACAACUGAUGGUGGUUAUGGCAGGAGUUAUUCUCAGCAAAGUAGUAUGGAGCUUGACCCUGCUACACCUGUUGAAAGUGAACCAAUAAUUCAUGUUGAACAGCCACCAUCAAAGCAGGAAAAUGCAAAUGUUGAACAGUCACAGAAUGAAAAGACUGUGCUUUUGCAACAACAACAAGGGCAGCAGCAGCAGCAGCAACCACCACCUCUGUAUGAAGGUGUGAAGGCAGCUUUGGCCCAGAUGCUAGCCCAACAAGCACAAGGAGCAGCACAAGUUCCGCCACAGAAUGUAGCUCCUCCAACAACACAACCAUCAGUAACAUUACCAAAGCCACCAGAACCUCCAGCACCUGUAUACAACCAGCAAGCAUCUGGGUCUGUCAGCCAGGGAAGUUUAUCUACCAAUAGCAGAGGUGUGUCUAAGCAAGCAGUGGCACCCACAGUUGAAGAUCCCACAAACAUUCCCGGUGAAGAUCCAAAAGCUAAAGGAUUUAAUGGCGGUAAUGUAGCCAAUACCAAUGAACUCGGUGGCGUUCCUCUGCGUCUGAAAGUUCAAAAGUAUAUCAACCAACACCAGAAAGUUGCUCAAGAGCAGGCUGCAAAUACACAGACAGAUUUUCCAAUUGGCAGGGGAAUGGGUGUAUUUAGAGGUAGGGCACGAGGACGAGGUCGGGGUGCUGAGGAUAGAGGUAGAGGAUCGGGGAAUUUUCAGGCUGGACCCCUCUAGAAUUGAUUACGUGUAUGAUAUUUAAGCUAGUUUGUACGGCUGAACAAAAGGACCAAGUUCACAAUUUUUUUAAAUAUUUUGUUUUGCAAUUACUCCUGUGAGCCACCAUGGAUAUGCAUGAUUAGCAAGACAUUUUAUUAAGUGUAGUAUUGUGUAAAUAAAGGAUCUACAUAUAAGAGAUGUUCUCUCACUGCUAAGAAAUAAUCAGUGGGUACUGUUUUUGAAGAGAAAAUGCCAUUCACAAUGAAUACUAAAUGCAUAAGUUGCUGCUGGUUUUGACUUCUGAAAAUAAUGUGGAAAUGUGGAGGUUAAACAAGCAAUCUAAGCUCCUCAUAAUCAUUUGUCCAGACAUGGGAUUCUGACAGAUUAAGAAAAGUACAUUUUCUAUCAAGUGGAUCUUCAUUUGAUGUGAUCAUUACAAAUUUUGUUAAAUUUAAAGUUGAUA